UUAACCGUACAUGCAAGACUAUGUUUAGACUAUCAUUUCAAUACCUUUAUUUACUUUGACGUUUUUAGUAGUUGUAGCCUAUAUUUUAGUUUAUUUUGAACUUCAAUAAACCUAUGCUAGAAACGUUAUUAGUAUAUGUACGUCCACAUUACAGGGGGAGAUAAAAAUGAGGAGCUGAUGUCAACAGAUUUUGAGAAGGAACAAUUUCGAGACGCCAUGACAGAGGAAAGCGGUGCAUUGUGGGAUCGCCCAGCCAAAACUGCAAUCACUGACGCCUUCUCUAUUUAGCACUUGAAACAUUCGGAUACAUUUUGCAAAAAUGACUUAAAAUGGGCGUAUUUGGCAGGUUAAAAGACAUCACGGAAUACAUUUAUUUUAAAAUAUUAUAAAUAUAUCGAGAAUCAUUGCUGCCGACGAGACCAGUAUGACUCCCACAGAGGAGAUGAAUGGCUCGGGGAACCUCAUGGACUUCCUGGAUGAGCCCAUCCCGGAUGUGGGCACCUACGAGGACUUCCACACCAUCGAUUGGCUUCGGGAGAAGUCACGUGACACAGACCGGCACAGAAAGAUCACCAGCAAGAGUAAGGAGUCCAUCUGGGAGUUCAUUAAGAGCCUGCUGGAUGCCUGGUCAGGAUGGGUGGUGAUGCUGCUGAUUGGACUCCUGUCAGGGACACUGGCCGGCGUCAUCGACCUGGCCGUGGACUGGAUGACGGAUCUGAAGGAAGGGGUCUGCCUGUCUGCGUUCUGGUACAGCCACGAGCAGUGCUGCUGGACCUCCAACGAGACCACCUUCGACGACCGCGACAAGUGCCCGCAGUGGCAGAAGUGGUCCGAGCUGAUGACCGGCCACGCUCUGGGUGCCGGAGCGUACGUGCUGAACUACUUCCUGUAUGUUAUGUGGGCGCUGUUCUUCUCCUUCCUGGCCGUGACUCUGGUCCGCGUGUUUGCGCCGUACGCCUGUGGCUCAGGUAUCCCUGAGAUAAAGACGAUCCUGAGCGGGUUCAUCAUCCGGGGCUAUCUGGGGAAGUGGACCCUGCUGAUAAAGACGGUCACCCUGGUGCUGGCCGUGUCCUCUGGCCUCAGCCUGGGCAAGGAGGGCCCGCUGGUGCACGUGGCCUGCUGCUGCGGCAACCUCUUCAGCAGCCUCUUCUCCAAGUACAGCAAGAACGAGGGCAAGCGCAGAGAGGUGCUGUCCGCGGCGGCAGCUGCCGGUGUGUCGGUAGCCUUUGGGGCUCCGAUCGGAGGCGUGCUGUUCAGCUUGGAGGAGGUGAGCUACUACUUCCCGCUGAAGACGCUGUGGCGGUCCUUCUUCGCCGCCCUGGUGGCGGCUUUCACUCUGCGCUCCAUCAACCCGUUCGGCAACAGCCGGCUGGUGCUGUUCUACGUGGAGUACCACACGCCGUGGUACAUGGCCGAGCUGGUGCCCUUCAUCCUGCUGGGCGUUUUCGGGGGCCUGUGGGGCACCCUCUUCAUCCGCGGCAACAUCGCCUGGUGCCGGCGGCGCAAGACCACGUGGCUGGGCCGCUACCCGGUGCUAGAGGUGAUGGCGGUGACGGGCAUCACGGCCAUCCUGGCGUUCCCCAACCCGUACACGCGGCGCAGCACCAGCGAGCUCAUCUCCGAGCUCUUCAACGACUGCGGCGCGCUGGAGUCGUCCCAGCUCUGCGACUACGUCAACGACCCCAACAUGACGCGCCCGCUGGACGACAUCCCCGACCGCCCCGCCGGCCCCGGCGUCUACGCCGCCCUGUGGCAGCUUGCCCUCGCCCUCGUCUUCAAGAUCGUCAUCACCAUCUUCACCUUCGGCAUGAAGAUCCCCUCGGGGCUGUUCAUCCCCAGCAUGGCGGUGGGGGCGAUCGCCGGGCGGAUCGUGGGCAUUGCGGUGGAGCAGAUGGCCUACCACCACCACGACUGGAUCAUAUUUAAGAACUGGUGCCGGCCGGGGGCGGACUGCGUCACGCCGGGCCUGUACGCCAUGGUGGGCGCUGCCGCGUGUUUGGGCGGGGUGACGCGGAUGACGGUGUCGCUGGUGGUCAUCAUGUUCGAGCUGACGGGCGGGCUGGAGUACAUCGUGCCCCUGAUGGCCGCGGCCGUCACCAGCAAGUGGGUGGCGGACGCCUUCGGGAAGGAGGGCAUCUACGAGGCGCACAUCCAGCUCAACGGCUACCCCUUCCUGGACGUGAAGGACGAGUUCACGCACCGGACGCUGGCCACCGACGUGAUGCGCCCGCGCCGCGGGGAGCCGCCGCUGGCCGUGCUGACGCAGGAGGGCACCACGGUGGAGGACGUGGAGGCGCUCAUCAAGGACACCGACUACAACGGCUUCCCCGUGGUGGUGUCCCGCGAGUCGGAGAGGCUCAUCGGAUUCGUCCAGCGCCGGGACCUCACCUUGGCCAUCAAGAGUGCGCGGCAGAAGCAGGACGGCGUGGUGAGUAAUUCGGUGGUGUAUUUCACCGAGGACGCCCCGCAGCUGCCCGCCAGCAACCCCCAGCCCCUGAAGCUGCGCCGGAUCCUCAACCUCAGCCCCUUCACCGUCACCGACCACACGCCCAUGGAGACGGUGGUGGACAUCUUCCGGAAGCUGGGGCUCCGGCAGUGCCUGGUGACGCGCAGCGGGCGUCUCCUGGGGAUUAUCACCAAGAAGGACGUCCUGCGACACAUGGCCCAGAUGAUGAACCAGGAUCCUGAGUCCAUCAUGUUCAACUGAGCCCCUUCCCCCUCCUCCUCCCCUGCCCAACCCCUUAAUCCCAGAGCCAGGAGCAUGUGAAUAGUGCCACACUACUGUAACCCGCGAAGCGUCUCUCCUAACGUGCCGCAGCUGGCGCCCCCUGGAGCCUGCGGUCAGAAUGACAGACUGAAGCCCCUUGAGGGGCGGGGGUGUAGGAUGAGGUCUGGGGGUGUUCUAGCCCGUGCCGGCCCCAUUGCUGCCAUGUAUGUCGUGCUAAAGUAGUUGUUUUUUUUGUUGUAUUAAAAUUAGAUGGUGAGCUCCAGGCUGUGUCUACUGGAGGACCAUCUUAUCAGUGCCCUCUGCUGGCUGCCACAAGUGCAGUAUUGGUAGGUACACACAAACUGGUGCCAUUCAUGUGGAUCUAACUGGAUCUAAAGGCUGGAAUCGGUGUGCAAAUGAAUGGGGCCAAACUAGAAGAACACCAGUGGAAGGGGACACCAGUGGAAGGGGAGGUGAUGGACAUUUGGGCGGUGCUUUGUCUUCCUACGCAUCUGAUAUUCUUCUAGAAAUGGAUAUUACUUAAGGCAGGGAUUGGAAGUUUAAUGGGUUAUCAUUCGGUCUGCAGCCUGUUUCCACCUGUAGUGCUGCUCGGAAAUAUCUAAAUUGUAAUUGCGGGCUAUGUGAUCUUGACAUAAGCUGGAACAAAAAUAAGAAGCCGUGUGGUCCUCUUAGGUCUCCAAGUUUCUCCACUCUAAAUUGGGGAAAGGAAAUGCAGCUGCUGGGUAGCUCACUUGGUAAAACUGCCGCUUGAAUUGUGUGUGAGCACUACGUUCCUGGAUCGAAUCCGAAUGCCAGUGUCUGAAGGCGCGCGAUUGGCUUUGCGUCGCCCAAACGAUAUAUGGGAGAGAUUCUUUCUGCAGGGAUAGUGUUCGUUGCUCGAGUGGCCCCACAAGUGCUCCUAAGUUGAAAAAUUUAAGAGCACACUAAUGCACCCCAAUUAGUAGAUGUGCUCCUAAAUUAUUUUCCAGUUAGCGCAAAUCUACUUUCAGGAACCAAUGCUCGCUGAAGAGCCCUACCUUAGCUCUGGGUUCCCAGACUUAAAUUUGGUGUUCAGAGUAAAUCAGAGAACCAGCAGACACUGCGGCCCUUCAGGACUUUAGUUUGAAAGCCCCAGGAGAGCACACAUACUGUUCGCUCGCUGUUCUGGAGAUUUAGUGCUUUCACACAUUCCAUUGGAAUUGAAGCUUUAUCUGAUCAUGUAACUUGGGUGCGAAACAAGGUUUAAAAAAAAAAAUGUGCCUUGUUUCACAUCAGUUGAAAUGCUACAGUUUUUGCCACCAUCUGGACAUGUGCUUAUUUCUCUGAGGACAGGAUGGCAAGCGGCAGCCGUAAAUCAUGGCGUGUGCGCGCCCCUGUGACUGAGGGUAUGCGCAUUGCUGCGCAGUCACGUCACGGCCCUGCACAACGGGUGCCAAAUACGAAAUUCAGAAACGCCGCAGGUUUUCCAUUCAGUGUAGAACGGCUUAAUGGCCUAGUUUAUCUUAAUCAAAUAUUUUAACAAUAGUACAGGUACUUUGAAAAACCGCAAGAAUGUGUUCAGUAUUUAUAUUAUGUUCAGAAAUGAUUUACUUUUGAAACGCAGGGAGACAUGUUGGCUGCUGUACCUCCUGCUCGGAAUUCUUUUGCAGUUCUACCUUUUCUGGAAAUAGAAUCCGGUUCUCUUUAAUGCCAGCCACAGAAACCACACACUAAGCUCAAAUGAAUGGCCAGUGAACGCACUUUUUUAGGAUAUCCAGACAACUUCUUUUCCUGUGUCUUUCCUCCCAUCUAUUUUCUUACAGAAAGCUUUGUAAUCAGUUUAAGUUGCAGCUGCUCCCGGUUGUGUUUGAAAUUUUACUGAAGUCUGAAGGUGUGUAAGUCUAGAAUAUCUCUAAGUUACACGCUGUUAACACUCCGUUUAAGGUGUUUAAUUUAAGGUGUCUCAUUGAAGGUCAAGUAGGGCUCUGGUUAUUGUAAAAAUCAAAGCCUUUUGGGUUUUUUUCCCAUGUUUUUUGGUACAGCUGUUCUGUCUGGCAGCCUGGGGUUGUUUUUCCAUCCCUGGCAUUGUCAUUGUAAAUGUUCCCUCCCCAAAUCUUUUAACGGCAUGUAGAUAAUGACCGCCAUUUAUUUAUAUUUGUUGAUGUUGUCAAAAAUAGCACAUUUAUGUUGAUGCACAAGUUUAUUUGUAGUUUUACCUUGUUGGCUUUUUUGGUUUGUAUCGUUUCCUGACAUUGUUAUACAGUGGUCCAAAAAAUCCAGUACAUGUAACUUACAUGGUUUGCACUAAAAUUACUUAACUAAAUGGAACUUUAAUCAUUAAAAAGGGAAAUUUUGUUGGCGUUUUUUUGUUUUUCUGUGAUUCUAUAAAUGAAUCAUAUUCUGUUUAUUUCUUGAAGUUUUACCGGAUAUCAAUGCAGUUUUCCUGUUAAACACUAUGGAACAUUAGCAUGUUUCGUCUGCAUAGAACUGGAUAAAGUAAUACUAAAGCUGUGGACAAUCCUAAGAUUAUGUUUCUCAACUAUUAUGACAAUGAUAGACUAUUAAAAAAUGGACUACUGCCAGUUUGCAUUAACAAUUAAACUUAAUACUUCAGACUUAUAUAAUGCAGUGAAAGGUAUAUUUAUUUAAAAAUUUGUUAACAUUUUUAUGCACCACUCCAGUUGAGUUUUUGUCUUUUUAGCUAGGUACAGUGUUGUUGCUAAUUGCAGGUAAUUAAGUUACAUAUAACUGUACAUAAACCUUAUGUAUGUAAGUGACCUAAUUGCUCAUAGAUGUAAUUGAACAGUAUAUACAGCAAGUAGCAUUGAUAAAUAUGCAUGAAGGGUACAGUGCACACCAUUUUCUAUCAACCCCACUAACAUAUUUUCUUAUGCUUUGCCUUUUGCAAGGCAGCUGCAGAAAAGGUAUAUCUCAUGGCUAGUUACUGUCAGUUCAGUUGGGGUUUAAGGCCACUUGUGUUUCUGUUUCACUCUUAACUCUUUCAGAGUUACUCAUUUUCCUCAUAUUCUGAAUCGUACCACUGUGUUUCAGCGUAAAAAAAUGUGAACUGGACAAAAAGUGACCCCUUCACAAGCUGUUGCUAAUUUAGCUUCAGCGGCGCGUCAUUUAUGGUCGAUCCCUCUCACCGGUACAGCUACAGUCAACUUCAUAUCGGGGGGGUUCUUGGUUUGAGGCCGCUUUGUGUAACUGUUGCUGUAGCUUCGUACCCAGCCAGGGGGGUAGCGCUUUUGAGUCUCAACGGUAAUGCUGUGUGCUGUUUGCUGUGUUCGCUAUUCCUGUCAUGUGUGAUAGGACAGAGUUGUGAGACCUGGCAUUAUACAGUCAAUAAAGUGUAAUAAAUCAGCAUAGAGUACCUGUA